AACUUCAACACGAAAUACAGAAUCAACAUGUCAGAGCACACGUACCGACAAUCACACCACACGAGCACUACCUCGGCCCACGCAGCUCGUACGGCCGAGGUCGAAGCGGCCUUUCUGCUCCCUCACCUCGAGCCGGAUUAUCGGAUCCUCGAUAUCGGCUGCGGCCCCGGGUCAAUAACCCGAGGUCUGGCUCGAUACGUCCAGGAUGGGCAUGUUACCGGGAUCGACCUCUCGAAGCAGGUCUUGAUUCAAGCCAGGGAGGGGGUAUCGACGUCCGGGUCGGGGUCGAACGUCACGUUCGAGCUCGGAAACGUCCUCGACGGCUUGAGCUAUCCGGACGGCUCGUUCGAUGUGGUCUACUGUAAUCAGACCUUGCUCCAUAUCCCGGACCCGAUCAAGGCUUUGAAGGAGAUGAGGCGAGUGUGUAAAGCGGGCGGGAUGAUCGCCGCUCGAGAGGCCGAUAUGCCUUUCCACUGGUACCCUUACAAUAGGGGAUUACAGCUAUGGGACAGGUACCUGUACAGCACGAUUUUCGGGAACGAAGACGGACGGGAACAUCCUAUGAACCUUCCGCACUCGAAGGCGUACCGGGGAGGUAGUCUGCUCCACGUGUGGGCGAGGGAGGCGGGUUUCGACCCGGAAAAGAUGCAAAAGGGGGUAGGCUCUCAGGGAUACACGACGAGGCAACAGCGAGACUGGUUCGUCGACACCUAUUCCAAGCGGCUGGAGAAUGAGGAUACGCGACGACGGAUGAAGGACUGCGGAGCGAGCGAGGAGGACCUGACUGGGAUGCUGCGAGGUCUCGAAGCUUGGGGUCGGGAUGUCGAUGGGUGGAUGUCGAUGUUGCAUGGCGAAUUGAUCGCAAGAGUCUAGGGGAGAUGUGUGAUGACGUAAUUUGAAUUAGCUUCCGACAAUGACCGCGUCGAUGCCGGGGGACGAUGCCGAGUCGAUUGCGCGGUUUCGAGUCGUUCAAGCAAAAGAGUACAAGUAUGAAAGUACUCGUGAGGAAGCUGUAUUACUACUGCCU